AUGGGUGGUGUUAAGCUUUUGGACUACGGCGCUGGAGCCAUUUGCAUGUCCAGAGAUGCCGCAUUCAUAGACGGCGAAAGAUUAGGACGUCCCCGUUACCAGAUCCGCCUUGUUCUGUCUCAAGCCAAAAGCAGCCGUGACAGAUGGGGUUCUGCUGCGGCUACCUGGCAGCGAGAUGGUCAGGACGAGGUGGAGGUCUCGGGCUUGGAAAGAGUGGUAAAUGUUGGAGAUGGCGGAAAAGCUUCACCCUUGGUUGCCCCCGGACAUAUGAGGCUCCCUGCCGCCGACCCAGACCAGUCGGUGCCUGUAUUACGUACCUUGUCCCUUGAAUCGAAUCUGAAACUGUUGAGUCCUUUGACGAGUCAAAAUCGCCGUAUAUUAUUCGCAUCCGAUGGCCGCCAACACGGCGAACGGCCGACAGACGGCUUCACCAUUCUCCGAAUCUCCCUCAAAAUCCCAUCCAGACUGCAGUCACUGCAAUCAAACCGCCGCCGGCAGGGCUACGAGACAGGCAACGGACUGGAGCUGUGUUUCCACGACGACUUCAAUCCCGACGAUGGCCUGCCUAUCCCCCUCCACUUCCGAUUAGCAGAUAUCAAGUGGUUCCAGACGUCGCCGAUAUGCCCUACCCUAACAGCGCCAUGUUAUAUCCACGAAAGUACUUUAAAGUGUUGAACAGAAUAGAGGGCUAGAACCUGUGUCGUGGGACGUGGGGGUCGAGGACGUGGGCUCCCCGGCGGGGGCAGAGCAGCCGUACACAGUGACACUUCAGGUGUUGCAAACAAGCUAUACGGUAGACGCAGCCAAGGAGGCAACAAGGCUGGCGGACGGGGUGGCGGAUCUCUUGUCUGCGUUGACGUGCACGCCGGGGGAGGUGUUUGAGGAGGAGGGGGACAUUAAUGGCGAGGAACAGGUGCGCCAAAU